ACCAGCAGCGAAAAUGUAUAUGCUAUCGGAUGACGAAGUAGCCUACUCCAACAGUCUGUACAGUGGGGAAACCGGGACGGAGGCGAACGGAACUAGCGAGGAGCAGUCCCACGGGUACGAACGGAGCCAAUUCGCCAGCUUCGACCCGACGGGCGGUGCGCGGGGGAAGGCGCACACGUACAAGAGGUGGCGCCAACACGCAUAUCAAAGUGAGAGCCAAAGUGAUGGCCAAAGCGAAGGCCAAAGUGAGUACCGGCACGAAGACGACAGUGAGUCCCAACGGGAAUACCAGAAUCCGUACCACCUGGAGUAUCAAAGUCCGUACCAGCUCGAGUAUCCAAAUCCGUACCAGCUAAACCAUGAGAGUCCUUACCAUCGCGAGCAUCAAAGUGCGUCCCAAGGUGAGGGCGAACUAUUCAAGUACGUCUGCAUAGCAUCGAUAGAAGACGUCGAAAUUUUAUUUAAGUGCAGCUUCCUACCCCACGAGCUGGACGCCGCCGCGAACUAUACCAUAAAAAAAAUAUUGGGAGCCUCCAAAAGGAAACUAAAUCACUGCAAUAAAAAAAUGCUCAACUGGGAUAACAAAAUUAUUUACUUCACAAUUUGCACAGAAAAAAAAAUGGCAUUUUUUCUAAUCGGACUACAUAUGAAAGCCUACUUCAAAAAUUAUGCAUUCGAGUUUUUGAAGAAGCUGGAAAUUUAUACAAAGUCCGAUUUAUUUUCUGGUCAAAAUUACAAAGGCAGAAAUAUCUCCCCUUACAAAAUGCACACGACAGAAGCAUUUUUGCAGCGCACAAUUAAAGGCAUUAAUAAGUGUUGUCGUGAUGAAAAAAUGAUUGCAGUGAAACAAAAGCUACAUAAAAUUAAUUCCGUCAUGAAUAAUCACAUCGAUAAUUUAUAUCAGUCCAGGGGAAACAUAAAAGCUCUCAAAUAUAAGACGCAAAACAUGUCGAAAAAUACUUUACACUUUGUUCAAAAUAGUAAAAAAUUGAAAAGGAUUAUGUUCAUGAAGUACUGGAAGACGUAUGUUUUUUUGGCUUGUUUCGCGAUCAUAGGAUUUAAGGUUUACCGAUCCUUAUG